ACCAACUUAUUGUCACCUGUUUUCCAGUUACGUUUUAGUCCACGAUGAAAAGACAAGAUGAAAUUCGCGAGAGCUACAUCCGAGUUUUCAUUCCUGUUUGUGCUUCUAUUUUCUUUUUAUUUGAAUCAGAUGUCCACUCUAUUUACACGGCUUAUGAAUAUGGUCAUAAAACAUUUCAGAAACAACUGUUUUCAAACAUAUCUAAUGCAAGCAGUAGUGAAGAAUCUCUUUGUGAAACCAACACAUCCUCACAAGCUUACAAAGACGAACAGGUUGUGCAACAAGUGGUGGCGAGAUGGGGAGUUUACAUCAACUUGGCACAAGGAGUACCACUUGUCUUCUCGAGCUUGUUGUUUUCGUCUCUGAGUGAUUCUUUGGGAAGAAAACCGUUUCUGUUCAUCGUAGCCAUUGGUUUGUUUACCAAGCAGCUUUUAAUGACUCUAGCUAUGGUAAUGGAAUGGAAUAUCUACUUGUUUGCUCCUUUAACUUUGAUUGAAGGAGCAAGCGGAAGUUGGAUUACCGAAAAUGCGAUCGCUUUUGCCAUUGUUGCUGAUAUUACGAAUGCAGGAAAACACAGGUCCUUCCUGAUGACUGUUUUAGGCGUUGUUUCAGGAAUUGGUUAUUCCGUUGGGACAUUUGUGUCUGGAUAUAUUGUCACUGAAAUUGGCUAUGAGUACUCAAUGGCUAUGUCGUGUGGCAGUGCUGGACUUGCAAUUAUGAUGAUAUGCUUUAUUCCAGAGACGGUAUCCAAAACACAAAGAUUGAAAUCGAAAUUUAGCUUUAUUGGCAAUUUAAAAGACAUGAUUCAAUUUUACACAAAAGAUGAUCCCUCCUCUCCGAGUUCCACAAGAUUCAGAUAUUUAACUGCAAUAUUAGCUUUUUAUUUCAUAAUGGGUGCGAAAUUCGGCGCAUUUGCAUUUGAAGUGUUCUAUUUGCUUAACUCUCCAUUUUGUUUUAGUCCAAAGGAAAUAAGCAUAUUUGAGACCAUAAAAACAAGUCUUUCUAAACUUGUUGUUAUACUAGGAAUGAGGCCAAUGCAGAGAUGUCUGAUGGACGAACUCAUAGCUCUGAUUGGUAUUCUUUCAUGCACGGCUAUGUUCCUACUGUUUGGAGUAGCACAAACGGAAACGUUUCUCUAUAUAGCUGUUGCUGUUGGAUGUUUUGUAUCGUGUGUUCCUCCAAUUCUUCGCGCCAUUAUGUCUAAGAUGACACCUCAAGACAAGCAAGGUGUCCUUUUUGGAAGUAUCGCUGUCGGGGAGAACAUAUGUAACCUGUCAAGUAGUGUCAUAGGCGGCGCCAUCUACUCGGAAACUGUGGCUCUCUACCGGGGGACAGCCUUUUUUGUAUUAACUGGAUUUUUGGUCUUGUCAGCUUUUCUUCUGUUGGCUUUCAUAAAGAAUGAUAAAAAGAACCACAACAGAAAAGAUUAUAUAGCUGUAGAAUAAACAAGAGCCGUAAAAGAUAAAACAACAAGAGGCCCAUGGUCUAUUGUCGACUGUUUAUCUGAGGAACAUUAGCAAUUAAAAUAUCAGCUUAAUGGAGUCAUACAAAAUAUCCAGACAAUGUAGUAGAAUAGAUGCUGUACAAAAAAAAUUCUCCAGAUAUUCUUUUGUAAUUUUAUAAUCAUUAUAAGAUAUCACAUAUUGAGCAUUGUAGUUUAUAUAAACAUAUAAAACAACAUCAAAAAAUUAAACUCCUUGUGGGGCCCAACGAAUUGAAAUGGGGCCACAGUUGAAACAAUUGAGUAUCAACAAUAUGUUAUGAUGCUUGUAUACAAGGAGAACCAUCUAUUAUAACUGUAAGUUUUUGA